AUGACGGCGUCAGAUGUUUGCCCAGCUCUUGAAGUGCGAUACGGGAUGCUCGGUGGAUGUGGCAGUGAUGGGAUUUUUGAUGCGGCUUCAUUUGGCCAUCUCCUCUGCCUCGUUUCCCAGUCCCCCAAAAUCUUGUCAUGCUGUUGGAUCUCACGACAUAGCACAUCGAUUGUUGAGGCACCUGCUGUUGAGAAUGAAGAGGAGGAAGUCAGCGACUUGCCUGCAUUCCGUGAAUUCACACUAGAGCAACUAAAGAAAGCCACUUCCUGUUUUGCAGUAGAGAAUAUUGUGUCAGAAAAUGGGGAGAAGGCUCCAAAUGUUGUUUGUAAAGGGAAGCUGGAGAAUCAGCAGAGGAUCGCUGUCAAACGCUUUAAAAAAACGGUUUGGCCAAAUGCGAAGCAAUUCUUGGAAGAAGCGAGGUUGGUUGGCCAUCUCUGUAACCAUAGGUUGGCAAACUUGCUUGGUUGUUGCUGUGAAGAUGAUGAGAUGCUGCUGGUGGCUGAAUAUAUGCCCAACAAUACACUUGCAAAACACUCGUUUCACUGGGAAACACAACCUAUGAAUUGGACAAUGCGAUUGAGGGUGGUUUUACUUGUUGCACAAGCUCUAGAAUAUUGUACAAGCAAAGGCUGUUCCGCUUAUCACGACCUAAAUCCUUACAGAGUUUUAUUCGAUGAGGACUGUAAUCCUAGACUUUCAUGCUUUGGCCUGAUGAAAAGUAGUGGGAAUGGAAAUAUUUAUAGUACAAAUUUGGCAUUUACUCCUCCAGAGUUUCUGAAAAUCGGUAUAGUGACGCUAGAAGGUGUAAUAUAUAGCUUUGGCACUCUUUUGCUCGAUGUUCUUAGUGGGAAACAUAUUCCCCCUAGCUAUGCCCUUGAUUUGAUACGGGACAGGAACCUUGAGAUGCUGACAGAUUCUCUCUUGGAAGGAAAAUUUUCCGAUGAUGCCAGGACUGAGUUAGUACGCUUGGCUUCUCGAUGCUUGCAAUAUGAACCCCAAGAAAGGCCAAAUCCAAAGUCAUUAGAUUUUUCUCUUUAUGGGAAAUGUGACAUACCACAUUCGUACCUUUUAGAAAAUGUGACAUACCACAUUCGUGAUCAUGUUCCAUGUACCGAAACAAUCCAUGUCUCAGGAAUAGUAGGGUCACCAACAGUUUUUGCCCGCCGUAGUUUGUCUUAUCUCAUGAGCGACUCACCACAGGAAGCUUUAAAGGAUGCAAUGCAAGCCCAAAUCAUAUCUCCAGCCUGGCACGUACCGUCUUAUCUACAAGCCUCUGCACUUUUCGCCCUUAAAAUGGAAAAUGAAGCACAACUAGCCCUUAAGGAUGGUUCAGCUCUUGAAGCCAGAAGGAGCAAAAGUGUUUGACAGUAACAAAAUGAUGUACAGAUAUGUAAAUCUUCUGCUUUGUCUCACUUCCUUUGUGAAGAUCAUUAUUUGGCACAUAUUGAAAGGUUUCUGCUCUGAUCGGAGCUUUAUUCUAUUCAACAAUCAUAAAGAAAUUAUUGUCCUUCAUUUCUUGUUCACAGUUGUAGUUUGUGUACAGAAACUGUGACCGAUUUUCACGUCCUUGGGAUAGUUACAUUCAUUUGUUUUGGAAGUUAUAAUGAUUUAUUUGGUACUUCGUGUUUGUGUAUUUACAAUUUCAAUGUAAUGCUUUAUUUGAUUUCCCAGAAAUUGUCAAUAACGUGUGAAAUUUACUGGUUUUCUUUUUCUCCAUCUUCUUGGUUUUGAGAUGGUCAAAACCUAGAUUUGCAGUGCCAUUUCUGAAUGUUAGUUAUGUAGAGGAUAC